UGUUGGUUGCUGUCGGUUUUCUCAACUCGAGUCGAGCUAGGAAGCUCUACGAGUUUCCCGGCGGUAACCAAGGUUGCUCAAGGCGUGGUUGCUCAAGGCGUGGUUGCUCUUCGCAUCCGACAGGGGUUUUAAACUCUGCCUGGACCUCGCCUCCAGUUUAGAACCCCUACGCCAGCAAAGCUUGUGUUUCGCUUACGUUACGAGGGCACACACACAGUCAAGCGCAGACUCCGUGACAGCCAUCACGGUGCCCGAUCUCUGCACUCUUGCCAGUUUUCAAUCAGCCCGCGUGUGGAGGGCUCGCUCAGCUUUCACCCUCUUGCGUUUGCCCGUUUUCAAUCGUGUGUGGUUUUGUUGUGCACUCAGGACGCAUUACAGAUAACAGAUCUCAAGAUUGGUUGCAGUUUUCUUUUAUUCUCUAAUCGAUGUUGUCUUCUCUUGGUGGACCCCCUUGGUUUUCAUACUCAAGUGAGCGGUCUCAGAUAAGUCACGACUGGCAUGCAUGUUACAACACUCAUACUUCCCCUACUCUGUCCCCCGUGUCUGGUCCCAAAUCGAUCAGUUGGAAGCGCAAGACCCGUAGAUUGACUCUGGCUGCCUGGAGGCAGGUUGAGGUGGACUUUAGCUUGUUUACCGUUCCGUUCGACACCACACGCGCUCCCGCCACAAUCUAUCUGGCUGGUGCCCUCGGCGAACAUGUUGGUCCUUCGCAGGUGCACUCUGACGGCCUCAGUUCUUCCGCUCAAGUUUUCAGGCCUAGCGGUCCUGUGGUGGGCAGUUCUUCCGCUCGAGUUUCAGGCAGGGAAAGAGGCGACAAGAGGGGGCGAGAGGAAAGCGAUGGCCGUUCUUCAAACCAGGGCAGUGCUUUAAAUCAUGGCAGUUAUUCAAUUCAAGGUUCUUCCAAUCAAGUUUCUUCAAAUCAAUUGGGCAGUUGUUCCAACCAGAGCAGUCCUUCAAAUCAAGGUUCUUCCAAUCAAGUGUCUUCAAACCAGGUUGGAGCUUCGUCAGAGGUUGGUGCGAGUGCGGACCCAACAGUGGAAGCUUCGUCAGAGGUUGGAGCUUCGUCAGAGGUUGGCGCUUCGACAGAGGUUGGAGCUUCAAAUCAAGGUUCUUCCAAUCCAGUUUGCUCCAAUCAAGUUUCUUCCAAUCAAGCUUCGUCCGAGGUUGGUGCGAGUGCGGACCCAACAGUGGAAGCUUCGUCAGAGGUUGGAGCUUCGUCAGAGGUUGGCGCUUCGACAGAGGUUGGAGCUUCAAAUCAAGGUUCUUCCAAUCCAGUUUGCUCCAAUCAAGUUUCUUCCAAUCAAGCUUCGUCCGAGGUUGGAGCGAGUGCGGACCCAACAGUGGAAGACAGAGAUCCUGAGGAGAUGUGUGAGGAGAUGUUUGCGGAGAUGUUUGAGGAUGUAUGCCAGCAUCUCCUUCCGAGGCCACAUGUGGACCCGAGUCGACUGCGAGCGUACAUGAUGUUGUUUCCAAAAUACCAUGACGAUGGGGAAUCGAGUGAUAGUGAGUUCGAAAGUGCGCAGACUGAAUGGGUUGUCGACUUCUUAGCGGCUUACACAAGCUGCCCUCAGGAGGAGAGGGAUCAUUUCUUGCACGAAUGGGCUGGCCUCCUCGAGUAUGGAUGCUAUCCCGACAUGCUCCGAACCCUCCAGGACAUAGUCGCACACGAUGGGCUUGCUAUUCAAUAUCGGUCUCUCGCACAACACUUCCUUGGACGCCUAUUGGAGACGAUGGAUUAGAGUUAUCGCUGUGUUGGUUGAAACGUUAUUGAACUGGCCCCCAAAACUCAGCACGGGUUGAAGCGACCCUUUUCUGCCCAAUGGGACCUUUUCUUCUUGGGACUUCGCAUAUAUACGGUUAGGGUGUUUCCUUCCCUUCCAAACGUUUGGUCUGCCUGUUGGUCGGCUGUGGCUGAUUUCGGAACAGUGUGGAUCUCCCUCAAUAAUCAUGUGCAUCCAAAGUUUCGUGUUGGUAACCUCUUGCAUACUGGAGUUGCGAAAUUGUUGACCGCUUUAGUGUAAUGUGGCUUCUGCACAUGUUGCUUCAUGUCAUAUUCUAAGGCUUCGCCUUGUUGUGCACUCCCCGUGGUGAGACGUUUACUAACUAGCAUCCCUUUUUUUUUGUUGUCCGCUGUCUCGCUUUUGGCGAGUCGUGGAUGCUUCGUGUUGGAUGGCGAGCAUCUGCUCCGCUGCUGCGGACCUGAAUCUUGAGCGGGGACUCCUCUGUCCCUGUGGGCUCCGAGCAAAGCAAAAAACCAAGGUUG